CAACAGCCUUAAAACUGAUUAGCUACAAAACGCUCUGAAAUGGCCGGAUGCUGUGCACGGUUCCACAAAAAGUCUCAUUCGAAGACGUAACUUGUCAACUGUCUGAGACAAGCAUUGGAUAAAAAUAGAAGGUAACAUUUCCCGACAUUAAAAAAGCAAAACACCGCGGAUGCUGGAAAUCUGAAGCAAACACAAAGAAAGCCGCAGAAACUCAGCAGCUGUCGAUUCUGAGGAACUAAGUGAAUGUUUCCGGUCCAUUGUGACUCUUCUUCGGAACUGUCUGUACGUGCAUAGAUUUGAAUGGGAUAAUUCACUGCCGCUGGAAUACAAUCGCAUCAAACCACGUGCGAUCAGUGAACCCUCAGAUACUGACGUUCCGGCCUCUGCUUGUGUGUAAAGCCGGCAGCGGAUUGGACAGCUCGGCUCUGGGGUCUUUCUGAAGUGAGUGGCGCGGUGUUUAUGACGCGGCUGGGAUGUUGUGUCGCUGUCGGUGGUUGAGUGUGGACCAGGCGGCGGUGGAGCGUUCCUAUCGAUUCCGGCUAACGAGGGAUGAACAGAUCAGGCUGAGAUACUGCACUGACAAUCAAAGCCCAGUCCUUAUAGAAUGUUGGCAAUAUAGUUGGCGAAACCCGAGCAACAGGUUCAACAAUAAUUUGGGACUGAGAUUCUUCCCAUCUGCCUUCAGUGAAAUCUGCAAGCAAAUCACACACCGAUCAGUUGGUUCUGGUUGGAUGAUCAAUAGAAUGCAGUCAGCUUGUGAAGUGUCAGCACUAGUUUUCCAGCGUUUCACCGCCCUUAGGGCUCAUUUCAAUCAUCGUGUUCCUGAUUGGUAGAAUUGGCACAGUGUAUUAGAGAAAAAAGAUAUUCUGCCUCCAUGGAUUUCUUAGUAGUAAGCUAUCAGAAUGGCAAAGAACAAAUCAAAGGCACAGAAACAUAAAGAUGUCUUCAAAGUUGCCAAAAGCAAAAGUCUCAAGGUCAAAAGCAAAGCCAAACCUGUAACUACAAGUCUCAAGAAGAUUAACAUUGUGAAUAAUGAAAAAGUCUGUAAAGUCAAUAAAGCUUUCUCAGAAGUGCAAAAAGAGAUCCAGAACCUAUCCAAAGAUACAUCAGCAUCUUCAAAGAAAUCACAGCAGAUACCCAGACCUCCACCUGCUGAAGCGCUGAAUGUGGAUGCUACCACUCAAUUGUUUUCUCAAUUAUGAAGUUCAAAGACUGCUUUAGCUGGACUUGUACAUAAAACAAAAAGUCUAUGGUGGACAACGCCUUUUGGGAUUGAAGCUAGAGAAUUUUAACCCUAUAAAUCAAUGCCAUGCGCAAGUGCCCACAAAGUCAAAAAUGAUUGUAAAUUUUUACAAAGAAAAAAUGACCAAGAUUCUUCAUUUUAUUAGAUUGGAGUCAUUCAAUAAAAUGCCUUUAUCUUCAAUAAAAGAAACUAGUUUGGAGAUCA